GCGUUGGCGGUUAAAGUGUUCUUUCCAUGUUCUUCUCCGAGCCGGUGUAGCACGAGGGAAACUGUUCUUGGCGGUCUAAUUCUGCACGUGUACACGUAGUAAACAUUUUAGUCUCGUUCUAAGGCUCGAAUAUUAAACGAGAAUCUCAAGAAAGAUGGUUAAAUCGUUAACGAUGGAAGGUAAAAGCGAGAAGACGAAAAAUUCGUUGAACACGCCGAAAAAGGGGUUCGUCGAGAAAAAGAAGAAGCAGAAGUUCAAGGAAGUCCCAACGGGCAAAGUUGCCUUGAUCAAUGGAUCAAAAGUACAGAAUAACAAGCAGAAUUUGCAAACACAAAAGGGCUCUCCUCAAAAAUCACCCAAAGGAAACAAAACUCCUCAAGGCGCCAAUAAAAAUUCCAAGAAGGAUCAGAAGAAAAAGAAUGCAGUGAAACCUGAAGAAGAAGAAGACGAUACUGAUUCUGAUGAGGAAAUCAAUGAGGGAGUCGAAUUGGACUCAAGUAUGUUGGAGGACAGCGAUGACGAUCUAAGUGAAGAGGAAUCUGGCGACGAAGAAGAGAUCAAAGUACCAAAUAUCCUUGGAGCUAGCUUAGCCGAUGAUACCGAUGAAGAUGACGAUGAUUUUGAGGAACAGGAAGAAUUAAGUGAGAAGAAAGGAGUAAAAAUGUUCAAGGGUGUCAAUAAGAGCGCAGAUUCUAGUAAAGAUAGCUCCGCUAUGGAAGAUUCCGAUGAAGAUGACGAGGAUGAUGAUGAUGAAGAGGAGGAGGAUGACGAUGAUGACGAGAGUGAUGAAGAAACUGAAGGAUCUUCUUUGGGUUUGAAAGCACUCAUGAGUAACAGUAUUGCCGAAGAUGAUGAAGAUGAUGAAGAUUUUGUCGAAGCAGAAAGAGACGACGAUGACGAUGAUAUGUCGAGCGAAGAGGAAGAUGAGGAGGAGGAAGACGAGGAGCAAAAUUCACCUACAAAUCCUAACAAAGGUAAAAAUAGUAAAGGAAAAAAAGAUGGCAGCGCUGAUGUUUCUUUGGAAGAAUUAAAAGAGGACAAGAAAACAAUCUUUGUCGGCAAUUUACCAACGACUGUAACAAAGAAGCAGUUGAUGAAAUUGUUCAAAAAAUUCGGCGAGAUCGACACGAUACGUCUACGAGGCAUGGUGCCGAAAGAGUUAAGCAUGUCCAAGAAAGUAGCAGCUAUCACUAAGAACGUACACCCCAAGAUAAAGUCGGUUUACGCGUAUAUUAGAUUCGUCAACAUAGAAUCUGUUAAAGCGGCCCUCUCUUUGAACGACACGGAAUUCGAGGGCAAUCAUCUAAGAGUAGAUGCAGCUGACAAGUCAGUAAAAUACGACCAAAAGAAAAGCGUGUUCUUAGGAAAUUUAAAUUUCAAUAUCGAGGACAACGCGGUUAGAAAACAUUUCGAGCAGUGCGGUGAAAUAGAGUCUGUACGUGUAGUUAGAGACGGCAAAACUCGAAUAGGCAAAGGAUUUGGAUACGUUAACUUUAAAAAUGCUGAUUCUGUGGCAUUAGCAUUAGAGCUCGAUGGCACGAUGCUUCAGAAACGGGAGGUCAGAGUAAAACCAAAUCUUGGCGAGCAGAAGAGCAAAGAUAAAGGAAAGAGAUCAUUAACCGACAGCUCUGGCGGUGACUCUCCUCAGAAAAAGUCAAAAAUUGAAGAAGGAAAAGGCCGUAAUAAGAAAAACGCUAUGAAGAGACUAGCUGUGAAAGGACAGAAACAGGGAGGCGAGACUAGUCCGCAGCAGAGCAAGGCGUUCCAAGGUCAAAAGGCUGAUGCAAAUAAAAAGAAGAAGAAUAAGGUAGACAAAAAGAAGAAAGUCAUAGCAGAGAAACUUACGGCCAAGCCGAAAAAGCCAUCGAACUAAUAAUAAGUAACAAACACACUGUGAACUGUUCAAUAGCCUCAUCAUGUUUCUUUUAGGUAAUAAGUAUACGUAAUAUGUAAUCAAACUAUUUUUACUUAUUGUUAGUACGUAUUCUUUGAACGGUAAAACGAGUGGUAACACGUAUUCAAUGUGUAAUAAAAUAUGUUCUUUUAUCAAUCAGUUUGUAUUAAGUUCUUAAUUUUAGAGUGCAUUUGCGAUGGCAAACUCUGUGUAUUAUUCGAAGCACAUUUUAAACAAAAACGUUUUCCAAAAUAUAUGCUACAUCCCA